CUCCCCUGCCAGCGUCACCCCCUCGCGCUCCGGACCCCUGUCACCUGCUGCCGUGCCAGGUAACCAGAUGCCUCCCCGGCCGCCCAGCGUCCAUUCAGACGGCAUUCUCCACACAUCCAUGGGCCAGUCAGCCAUGGGCCAGGACAGGGUGUACUUGCGUAACCCCCAGAUGCCUCCCUACGGGUCGCCGCAGCAACCUGGCUCCGCCUUAUCCCCUCGCCAGUCAUCGGGAGGCCAGAUGCAUCCUGGGAUGGGGCCGUACCCUCAGAACAACUCCAUGGGGAACUACGGCCCUCAGGGUGGACAGUACGGACCACAAGGUUACCCCAGACAGCCCGGCUACAGUGGCAUGCCCAACGCCAACUACCCUGGUGGUCCGGGGGGCAUGAACCCUAUGCCAGGCCAGGCUGGUGGGGCGCCGUAUGCAGGCAUGCCCCCUGGCAGGAUGGGUCCGGGUCAGAUGGGGGCCCGCCCCUACGGCCCCGGGAUGGGCCCCAACAUGGGCCCCGGCAUACCUCCACAGGUGACCUCUGGGAUGUGCCCCCCUCCAGGCAUGAACAGGAAGGGCCCCGGGGGCCCUCCGGAUGCAGCCUCUGCCAUGCACCACGGAGCCAACUCCAUACACAACAGGCCUCCAGGUUACCCCCCCAAUAUGCCCCAGGGGAUGAUGGGAGCAGGGCCUCCGUAUGGCCCUGGGCCGGGGGCCAUCAACAGCAUGCAAGGUAUGAUGAACCAGGGAGGACCCUACGGAGGAGGGCCGAUGGGAGGGAACAUGGCCAACAACACACCUGGCAUGGCUCCUAGCCCUGAGUUUGGCAUCGAUGUCAAACUGAGCCCAGCACAGAAGAUGAACAACAAGGUGGACGGCACGCCCAAACCUGAAACCAAGAAGGUAAAGAAGAAGUCAAACUCUUCGACGACGACCAAUGAGAAGAUAACUCGUCUGUAUGAGCUGGGUCCGGAGCUGGAGAGGAGGACGUGGGUAGACCGGUACCUGGCGUUCGCUGAGGAUAAGGCCAUGGGCAUGACCAACCUUCCCGCCGUGGGACGAAAACCUCUAGACCUCUUCAGACUUUACGUCUCGGUCAAAGAGAUCGGAGGCCUCACACAGGUGAACAAGAAUAAGAAGUGGAGGGAGUUGUCCACCAACCUGAACGUGGGCACGUCCAGCAGCGCCGCCAGCUCCCUGAAGAAGCAGUACAUCCAGUGUCUGUACGCCUUCGAGUGCAAGAUCGAACGUGGCGAGGACCCGCCCCCGGAUCUCUUCAUCGACGCCAAAAAGACCACCCAGCCCAAGAUCCAGCCCCCCAGCCCAGGUCAGUGUUGUGUGUGUGCAUCAGCCCUCUAG